AUGUCAACUAAAGCAAGUUUUUCGAUCAAGAAUGGGCCUACUUUCGAAGGGUACUCUUUUGGCGCAGAGAGGAGCGUCGCUGGGGAAGCGGUGUUUACCACGUCGCUGGUCGGAUAUCCGGAGUCGAUGAGCGAUCCUUCGUACAGCGGGCAGAUCCUUGUGUUUACACAGCCUUUGAUCGGUAACUAUGGAGUUCCGUCGGGCGAGGCGCGCGACGAGUUCAACCUGUUGAGAUACUUCGAGUCGCCGCAUGUGCAUCCCGUGGGGAUCAUUGUGGCCGAGUACGCGUACGAGCACUCGCACUGGACCGCGGUGGAGUCGCUCGCCAGCUGGUGCAAGCGGGAAGGUGUGGCUGCAGUGACGGGUAUCGACACCCGUGAGGUGAUCCAGUACUUGAGAGAGCAGGGAUCGUCGCUGGGGCGCAUAACCGUCGAGGGACAGGCCGCAGUCGAGUACAGGGACCCUAUGAACACGCAUCUCGUUGAGAAGGUGAGCACCAAGGAGCCAUAUCACGUGAAGGCGUUGAAGCCAAGAUGCAACCUGGCGCUGAUCGACUGUGGUGUUAAGGAGAACAUCGUGAGAUGCCUGGUCGCCAGAGGCGCCAACGUGACCGUGUUCCCUUACGACUGCAGAAUCCAGGACGUCGCCAAGCAGUUCGACGGUGUGUUCGUCUCCAACGGCCCUGGUAACCCGCUCUUUUGCGAAACCACAGUGAACAAUUUGAGGGAGCUGCUCAGCGACGAGAAGCUGGUGCACCUGCCUGUGUUCGGCAUCUGUCUGGGACACCAAUUGCUCGCCUUGGCUGUCGGUGCCAAGACCCACAAGUUGAAAUACGGUAACAGAGCUCACAACAUCCCAGCCAUGGAUCUGACCACCGGCCAAUGUCACAUCACUUCGCAGAACCACGGUUACGCGAUCGAUGAAGACACACUGCCCAGCGACUGGAAGCCAUACUUUGUGAAUCUAAACGACAAGUCCAACGAAGGCAUGAUUCACGUCUCCAGACCGAUCUUCUCUACUCAGUUCCACCCGGAGGCUAAGGGUGGUCCUACCGAUACUGAGAUCUUGUUCGACAAGUACUUCGAGAACAUCGAAGCUUUCAAAGUCAAGAAACAGGCAAACAUCAAGUUGGCCAACGCGCCAGUCAGCAUCCAAGUUGACCAGCUGGCCACCGAAAGGGUUUUUUAA